AUGGACGCCUACCCCGAAGACUACGUCAACCACAACUUGCCUUUUGUCCUGCUUUCAGGACUAGAGGCUGGUUCUGAAGAUGCAAUAGAAGCAUCCUCGAGAUAUCCUCUGUUGUCGGAGAAAGCAACACACAUAUUCUCGGACUUCCCACCGUUAAGCGGGGCUGUUGCGGAGGAGCUGCGGAGCUUACUCCUAGAGGAAGAUUGCUCCCAGAUGCCAUGGACAUCAAGGGUCAACUUGAGCGGGAAUACCACUACUCCGAACAUUGGCUAUAGAGUCAAAAGCUCUGGACGGUCAUGCAGACUACCUCCACGAAAAGCAGACCCUCCUAUUCCCUCACCACCAGCUAGUCCAAACACAGAAAAGAACGAUGAUUCGGAUUCUGGCCCACAUUAUGUCCUUCACUCCCCGAUAUCACCUCUGUCACCGGGUUCUCCCACAUUUCCAGAUGGCUUGCUUACUCCACUAUGGGUAACAAAACAUCAGGAUUUAGUUCCUGCUGCAGUGAUAAACUUCUUUCCAUUCUCAUUGGACCCGAAUAUGAACUCUUUGCGCGAUAAUCAGCUCAAGAUCGAGAUCAACAGCUUGAAGAAAGAAUGGCAAUCCUCUGGACACAAGACGCGAUUUGUGGUGAUCCUUAUAUCUGAAGACGGAGAAGAGGGCAGUUACGAGGGAGAGAUCGAUGAUCGUAUUGCAGGGAUUCGGCGGGCAACAAAUCUUGACCCUAGGUCGGUUCUUGUGAUUCCGCCAGAUGCAACUGCCUCGGAACUACAAGAUUUUGUGAAAUCACUUUUCUCUCUUCUGCAGCCAUCGGUCGUUGAAUAUUACCGUGACCUAUCCAAACAUGCUAGGCGCAAGCGGAACAGAGGCACUAUCCCCCCUCCAACAGCACCGCCGACGAGUGGCACUUCCCAGACCUUGUCAUCUCAGGGCUGGAAUGUGCGUUACGAGUUCAAACUUGGAAUCUUUGCCGAAUUUCGUCAAGAAAUGGAUGCAGCUUGUCGAAAUUACGAGAGCGCGUAUGACACUCUAUUUGGGGAAGAGGUGUUUGAAAUUAUUGCAGGAUGGAAUCCUCGAUUCAAUGAUGCACGCCUCCUGGCCGAUGCUCUUGCAAUCCGAAUUAUUCGUUGCCUGCUCUGGACGAGUCAGACAACUGCUGCUGUUCGAUUCUGGGUAGACCACAGGGUUCGUGUGAAGGAUAUCGUCAACCGCAGAGGCAAGGGCAGUAACAACUACGGAUGGGAAGCCUGGGAGGCUCGCUGGUCGAUGGCCAUGGCACAACUCAUCCGCCGUGCAGAGAUUCCGUCAAUCUCCAGCGAGAUUUCCCCUGAACAUCCUGGGGAACUGUAUACACUACCUGAGAAAUCAAUUCCCACCGGAGAACGAGUUACCCCCUGGGAAAACAUGCACCAUGAGGGCUAUUGGCUCCAUCGCUCAGCAAAACAUAGCAUGGCUCGGCGGUCCCUUGCCCAAGAAAUUCCUUCUGAGGAUCGGAUAGCUCCUGGACAGUCACCCGCCUCCCAACUCGCCAACAAAUCCUAUCUAUACGAUACAUAUCUUGUCCCAGAGACUCAUCUUGAAGCGCCACAGGAAGGACGAACUGGCUUCGAUCAUUCCGCUCUAAUCCUGAGCACGUUGAAAGCCGCACUUGAAGAGUUCUCAAAACGUCACCAAAUGCGCAAGGUUGAGAGCCUAAGCCUUGAGGCUGCUGAGGAGUACAUGCGGAUUGGAUCCUGGUCUGAAGCACACGCGAUCCUUCAACCACUGUGGUCAACUCUCACGUGGCGCCGCUCUGGAUGGUGGCAUUUAAUGGUCAAUUUUGGAUGGGCACUCAGAGAAUGCGCCCUGAGAGUGCAGGAUAGUGAAACAGUGUUGCGAGUGGACUGGGAACUACUCAACAAGAAUUUCAAACCGAGACCUGCUUGGCAUUAUGACAUUCACAGAAGCCUUGAAAGUCUACCUUCAGAGAAACCCAAACCAUCCCUUGUACUUCGUGCAGAGGAUGUCAUAACAAGCUUGACUGCUUCGUUGGUUUUCGAGAACUCCGAUGGCAAUGUUGGCGAGCCUCUACAAGCUCAACUUGCAAUUAGGUCUUGUGCCCACGAGUCAUCUGCCCCGAUCCGUCUAUCAGAGGUCAAACUGGUUUUCGAAGGAUGCCUUCGCCCAGUAAAAAUCCAAUCAGACCAGAACGACAAUGCUGACACGACAACCCCGUCAUGUAUCUCCUCUCUUUCGCUGCGCGAGCCGAGUAGCCUGCCAGACACUAUCCGAUCCCCGACUGGUGCGUUGCCCACGUUGGUCGGUAUAGCAGAUCUGACUAUUGGGCCCUCCCAAACCAAGAUCUUCAAUCUCACCUGCAUUCCCCGUGAAGCCGGUGAAGCAAGAGUAGCCUCCAUGACCAUGUUAAUCGAAGAGGAGCAAUUCGAUCUUGCCUACACGAUCACAGACCACCAAGACCAUCACGAGUCGUGGUGGUGGCAGCAAACCCGGAAGGGUGUGACACGGCGAAGAGUGGGCAAGGAUCGGGAUACAGGCAGGUGCAAGGUCAUGCCUAAGCCUCCAAAGAUCCGUCUCACAACUCCUAAUCUGAGACAAACCUACUACACCAAUGAACGGGUGGCUCUUCAGAUUGGAAUACAUAAUGAAGAGGAAGAAGCGGCCGAUGUAUCGGCUGAUAUCAGACUCUUGGGUAGCCCCGAAUCUACUACACAGAUCCACUGGCUCGAUGGCACCAGCAACACCGGACCUCUCGAGUCGGGCGGAAGCACCCCUAUCGAAGGACCUUCUCAUUUCCUGAAGCGGUCAGUGGGAGUUGUAGAGCGCUCUUCUGAUAAGACCCUUACGAUUAUGCUGACCGACACUCAUGACGCUACGAAUUUCACAUUGGAGAUCUCGGCUGUUUAUCACUUGGUGUCCGAUAUCCAAACGCCAAUCAUGAAGAACAUUACCGUGGACCUAUCAUUCAUCCGGCCAUUUGAAGCAAACUAUGACUACAUGCCUCGAGUUCACCCUCAAUCAUGGCCCAACUUCUUCGCUGUUGGGGAUGACCUUCUUGAGAGUACCGCUGUUUCGACCCCUGGAGGAUUGUUGCAGAAGUGGUGCCUCAAUUCAAAGGUCGUUUCCUUUGCAUUGGAACCCCUCGUCAUUGAGAAGAUGUCUCUUCUUCUUCUAGAGGUCAAUGGAGGAGCUGUUUGCAAGGUUGACGCGGAAGAGCUUGUCAGCCCAGAAGCGCCUCAUCUUGGACCCGAGGAACUCCGAGAAUCAAACUUUUGCCUCUAUGUCCAGAAGCUCAUCCUCGGAGAUCGUAGACCCACCGCGGUCAACUGCGCGUUGGAAAUUAGUUGGCGCCGGCAAUCAUCCGAGUCUGCAGCUUCACCCGAGGUGGAGAAUGCAGUCACAACCUCUGUUCUUGACAUCCCCCGAUUUGUCGUCCCGAUGGGAGAGCCUCGAAUACUUGCAUCGGCGUCUCCAUCAAGCAGUUUGUCCGGACUGGUUCAUAUGGAAUACACUCUUGAGAACCCAUCGACCCAUUUCCUCACCUUCAAUUUGGUGAUGGAAGCCAGCGAGCACUUUGCCUUUAGUGGACCGAAGUCCAUGGUUGUCCAGCUCAUGCCAUUGAGUCGUCACACAGUGCAAUUUAAUCUUUUUGCCGCUAGACGUGGCCUAUGGAUUCAACCACAAUUGGUGGUGAUUGAUACCUACUUCAACAAAACACUUCGGGUCCUUCCAACAGGGGACAUGCGGUCUGACAAGAAAGGUGUUUUGGUAUGGGUUGAUGCAGAUGACUGA